AUGAAUUUUACAAGCAUCUUUAAGUCUAUCUCUAAUUUUCAAUUUCCAUACACGUUGGAAGAAACUCCAAAUCAUGAAACAGGACUUUGGCAAGUAUUUAAUGGUACCAGAAAAUCAGAUUCCUUACCAAUAACUGCGUUCAAGGCAAAACCAAACUCUACCAAUGCACCUCUGAUCUCAAAUGCCAUUCAUAAGUCCAAAGUACUAAAAAUACCAGGCCUUUGCAAAGUAUUGGAAACUUUCGAUUCAGAUGCAAAUGCAACUUUUAUUGUUGUAGAAAGAGUAUCACCUUUUCCCUGGGUUGAGCUUUCCAAGUUUUCAAAAAAUAAAUUUGCAUUGGGCUUAGUGGUUUCUCAAAUAUUAACCACUCUGAAGUUUUUAGAUGCGUUUGUUUUGGGUACUUUGUCUGAACAAAGCAUUUACUUGACUGAUAAAGGUGAGUGUGUUCUUUUUGGCUUGGAGUUGUGUACUAAGAAGACGGACGUUGAUCCAUACGCUUUCGCAAAUAACUUGAGAGUUUAUGCUGCAUGUAUGGGUAUACCUAUGGGCCCCGAAGAUUCGAAAUUAAUUGAUCCCAUUAAACUUGUUCAAUUAAUUAACCGUAUUCUUGGAACCAUUCCCAAGGAUUGGAAGAUUCCAGCUUCAGCCUUAGAAAAGGGUAAUAUGACCAUUGAUAAGUUUGUUGACAAGAUACAUAAUACACAAACAUGGAUUGGAAACCCAUUGAUCGCAAUUCAUCGUGAAUUUACAGAAUUCCAUAUCAAGGAUCCUGAAGGGAAGUUAGUAGUCAUUACUGAUGUGGAAAAUAUAUUCCUAGACUCAAGGGAUUUGUUACGAAAUUUGUUACCGGGAUUUCUGGAGAAUUUAAUUAUUCCUGAAUUAUGUAACAUGAUCAAUCUCCUUAUUAAUUCUCAAAUGAACCCUAACGCUGCAUCUUUAUCAAAAGUAGCUGCUACGAAAUUAAUUUCGUUCAUUGCUAUUUUACUAGAUUUAUCAUUUGAAAAUCAAUACUUCAAUGAACAAUACAAACAAGUGGUUUUUGCAAGUUUCAAGCUACAAGAUAGACAAAUCAGAUUCUUAUUAUUGAUUUAUCUGCCUAAACUUAUUGAUACUUUGGAUUCAAAUGAUGUCUCCAGUAAGAUUUAUCCUCAUUUCAUCCAAGGUUUAACAGAUUCGGACGCCACCCUAAGAUUACAAACAUUGAAAUCCAUCCCAAUAAUCGUUCCAUCAAUAACAGAAAGACAGUUAAACAAUGAACUGCUAAGGUACUUAGCAAAGACUCAAGUGGAUUCCGAUAUUGAAAUUCGUACAUGGACGGUAAUUAUUCUCACCAGGGUGUCAUCAAAAUUAGAUGAAUCCAGUAGAUCCAGUAUCCUUGCUACCGCAUUUACCAAAUCAUUAAAGGAUCCAGAUAUCAAACCAAGGUUGGCUUCCUUGUAUGGUCUUUCCGAAGCUAUAAGUUUAUUCGAUGUUUCUACCAUUGCCAAUAAGAUUCUUACUGUUAUUGCACCAGGGUUACUAGAUAAAGAUCCUCUAGUAAGAAUGAAGGCAAAGGAUUUAUUUGAAAGAUAUUUAAACAAACUUGAAAGUCAAGCAAUGCUACUACAAGAAGCCAAUAUGGAAAUUGAUAAAUCUAAGGAUAUUGACUUUGAUUCAUAUGGUACAGACGAUACUCAAUUAGUGGAACAAUUUAUGAAUAAUUUGAAGAUUACUUCUGUUAAUACCAACAUUUCCUUGAAAGAGGAGGAAGAAAGUAAGGAAAAUUUUGGAGAAUUACCCUCGCAUAUGGAAGCAAAUCCAUUUAAUGGGAAUCUUGAUGUUGGAAACACAGUCGUUAAUGGUGACGAUGACGGUUGGGCUGAUUUCGAUAUCGAUGACGGUAACUUGGCAAAUAAUGAAACAUCUUCCUCCCAAUUCUUUAAUCAACCAGUAAAUAUGGUCAAAUCUUGGAAUGAUGAGUUGAAUGAACCAGAACAACCAAAGAAAUAUGUUUCGCCAUUGCACCAUAAGAAGAACGUGGUUAUACCGACAACAAAGAAGGCAAGUUUGAGAAAUGGAGGUAUAGCCUCAAAACACAGUGGACACCCAAUAGUUAAUAAAAAAGAAACCAAGAAUGAUGAUAUAGAUGAUGGAUGGGAUAAUAAUGAUGCAGAUCCAUGGGAUGAAGAAUGGUAG